UUCUUUAUUGCAAGAAAAAUGUGUCGUCUGCUCUUUUUUGAAAAUUGAGUUUUAGUUUAUGUCUUUCACGUUUAAGAAUGACACAGUUUAUUGUCAAAACGAAAAAUGUGCCAGAAAUCAUAAACACUCGUCAUGUCACGACGAGGUUUGAUAAAAAUCUUAUAAAAUACUUGUGUUGAAUAUAAUCUUGUCAAGAUAAAAAUUCUAUCUACCAAUACACGCACGAUCAGCAUUUUAAAACGCGAAGGCUGACGAAAGCGAAAGCUUCAUUUUUUUCUCGAUUAAAUUUUGUGAAUAAGCACAAUUUUCACAGGGCCAUUUAUCAAGUGACAAAAUACAUUGUUAAGAUUGACAUAAGCACCGCGGGGAUUGUCGUAUAAUUUAAUUAUUGUAAAUGCAUUGUGAACUAGAUCUGUUGAUCAGUAGUGAUCGGUCCGUGGUUUGGGUCCGGAGGAAGAUGGCCGCCAGUGAUUCUCUGUCAUGAAAAAAGUCAAGAUUUGCAUUUCUGUUUGCACUUGCAGCAAUGAAACAUAGCAAGUUGCGAAAUUCAAGUGUCAUUGUUAAUUAGGAGUUGAGUUUUUGAAAAAAAGUGUCACGGUGUUUAAAGUGGCAUUAAAAUUCAGUGUGACGCGAUAUAGAAGAACGUGGUGAAUCCUCACGGAUUUUCCAAAAGGAGUUUAUUUUUCAUUUGCAAAAGAAUGGCAUCCGAUAAUAAAAUGGAAUGGGUGGAGAUCAUCGAACCACGUACGAAAGAACACAUGUAUGCCAAUCUGACAACAGGGGAAUGUGUUUGGGAUCCUCCACCAGGUGUGCCUGUUAAGAAAACGGAUAAUAAUCAAUGGUGGGAGCUGUUCGAUCAAAACACUUCGAGAUUUUAUUAUUAUAAUGCAACUUCACAAAAGACAGUCUGGCACCGUCCUAAUGAUUGUGACAUCAUUCCUCUGGCGAAAUUACAGACAUUGAAGCAGAACACAGAACCAGCAGGUGGCGAAGGAACGACUAAUUCUCAGAAGCAAAAUGACUCAAGAAAGAAGGAAUCCGUUUCAACGCAAACUCAAACCCCGAUUGUUGGUCGAACAGGACGUUUUAAUCAUCAUGAAGCACCUAAUUUGGCAGCUAAUAUGCAAAUAAAUAAGCCCAUUGGUUUGAGUACCGGAGCUGGAAUCGAUCUUAGAACGUCACCACCAUCACCUUCGCCGUCCUCAAGACGACAUCAUCACCAUCAUCAUCAUAAUAGUAGACAUCAUCAUAGGCAUCAUGAGCAACCAACGACACGACGACAUCAUAAUCAUUCUCAAGAUUCCGGACGAUCAAGCGAUAGUUCGGUGUCUCAUAGUCGAACAUCAUUAGAAUCGACUGGUUAUAGACUUUUAGAUUCACCUCAUCGACAUCAACAACGAACCGUAGCGCAACAACAAAUUAUUUCCUCACAAUCUUCGUCCAGACAGCCUAGCGGUAGCUUAGAAAUUAGAUCUCACAAAAGUGGAACAUUAGAGGGUGUAAAAAAUCAAAAAAUCCUCUCCACUGUUGAUUCACAACCAAUUGGAUUGUCAUUAUCGACAAGUACUCCACUUUUUAAAAAGAAAACAUUCACUGAACCACAGUCACGAGCUGGAAAUUUAGAUUUAGACAAGAGUAAAAAUGGUAGAGAAAGUAGUAGAAGUUCAUAUGGACCCGAGCCAAGUACAUCGCCGUAUCGAGAAACAGUUAUGGAAUGUCGUGGAUUUAGACAGGAAAUGGCACCGUAUCGUCCACCAGAAAUUCAAGCGUGUUACAGCCAUAAACCGCAGACGGAAAAAUAUGGUUCCCUUAUUGAAACUGGUAGUCGUUUUCGUGAUAGAGAACGUGAAUCACUUCACCGGGAGCGAGUCAAUAGUUUCGAUAAAUCGAAUGCACCUGCAUUUUAUCCAAGUUCGGGUCAUUCAAGAAAUAUCAGUAAACCGGAAACCACUGGUAGUAUUGGUAGGCGACAUCAUGGAUGUUCAGCUUCUCUUUCCGAGGCAAAUGUCCGUGAAAUGUAUGGAUCCAUAUCCACCGACAGGAACGAGCCAUCGAAAAGUUUAGCGAGAGGUACGACCGUUUUAGGGAAUGUAUCGAAACAGAGAAGUUUGGAAGUUUCGGAACGUGAGAGAGAAAGGGAUUAUCGAAGAACUACGGCGUGCAAUAAUUCAAUAGAUUCUAGUGUACAGCAGCCUUUGGCUCGUAGUUAUAGUUUUGUGCAACAGCAGAAGCAGCAGCAAAAAUUACAGCAACAGCAACAACAACAACAACAGCAGCAACAGCAGCAGAGUCGAAGACAUGAAAAGGAUGAUGAUUCUAUGCACGAACGAUAUUUGGUUGGACAAACUCAUGAUCCUUCGCGUCAACGACUUUGCAGUAAUACAAGCAGUAGUAAUAGUAGUCACAGUAGUAGUAACAGUGCUGUUGAAGAUGAGCCGGAAGCGCAAACGGAAGCUGAUAACGGGAAGAAGAAAAGAAGCAACGGAAAUCCAAGUCCACCACCAUCACCCUAUUAUGGAAAUCUUCUUGUUGACGCCGAUCAUUUGCUACCUCUCCAACAUUACAUUCUCCAACAGGCGAAACUUUCUGGUUGUUACAAAUUUGGAGAUCCUUUAUUGGCAGAAGAGGGCGAUGAUUCUUUAGACGAAGAAGGUGGCAGAGCAAGUGAACUCCGAGGGAGAGGUGAUGACGAUUCAGAUGAUCAAUUCGCGGACGAUGAAGCCGCCAGCAAUCAAGGAGAUUCAUCGAGUCAAGAAUAUCUCGAAGAUCACUAUGCAGAUCUUGCGAAUUAUGAUACAGCGGGCCUAGCGACUUAUUACAAUACAGCUGACACGUUAACGAGGCCUCAGGUAACGGCUCCCAUGGCACCACCACCGCCACCACCGACAAAUGUCACUCAAUCCGAGGCACGUGAAACAAUAACACCAAGACCAAUAUCUCUACCAAAUCCAGUGGUGAUUUCGGGGAGAAAUUUUGAUACAACCGAUUAUGAUGAGGCGCGACGUGAUGACAAUACAAGCGGUGGUGAUAUUGAGAAAUAUGCUCAGGAUAAUUUGAAUUUAAAUUGUGGACGACCAAAAGGUUUGAGAUUAUUGUUUAGAAAGAAAUUCAGCGUUCGGGAUAUUUUAAGUUGGUCAAAGGAUCCAAUACCACAACCGAUGCUGGUCGUCGUUGACGGUGAGAAAUUAUUGAAACGCGAGGCCUGCAAUUUAUUUCGUUUGGUACAAGUUUAUAUGGGUGAUCGUAAGGCAAAUGUUGGCAUGACAUUGGAUGGUGUUGCAAUGGAUAUUGUGAAUACGGCAUUUUCAAAGCCACCAUUGCGCGAUGAACUCUAUGUGCAAAUAUGCCGCCAAACCACAGAAAAUCCACGUAAAGAAAGUUUACGUAGAGGUUGGGAAUUAAUGGCCGUUUGUCUUGCAUUUGUUCCACCUAGUGCAACAUUUGAACCAUAUCUCGAGGGCUAUAUGAAUAGACAUCGUGAUCCAAAUUUUCAAUUUCCCGAAGUUGCAAAAUGGCCAAUUCACGUGCAAGUUAGUCACUAUGCGACUGUCGCUUGUCGACGUCUUCAACGAAUAGGAGCGCAUGGUAAACGACAACCGCGAAAAGCCACCAUCGAGGACAUUGAUCAGGCUAGAUUGCAAAUAUUCCGAGCCUCUAUGUUUGGUGCGACUCUAUCGGAAGUGAUGGCCCUGCAGAGAGAUCGUUUUCCACAACGAGAUUUACCAUGGGUUCAGACAACAUUGACGCGACAGGUUUUAGUUCGUGGUGGUACAGUGACGGAGGGAAUCUUUCGUGUGUCAGCCGAUGCCGAUGAAGUGAGCGCAUUGAAAUCGUGUCUUGAUCGAUUUGAAGACGGUGCAAUAUUGGCAGCUUCCCAGGAUGCACAUGCGCCUGCAUCACUUUUAAAAUUAUGGGUUCGUGAACUUUACGAGCCACUUAUACCCGAUUCAUUUUAUCCCGAAUGUGUCUCAAUGCGUCACGAUGAUCCUGAAAUUUCUGCCGCUAAUAUAGCUGGCGUUGUCGAGCGACUUCCCGAUCUUAAUCGUCGUGUUUUGUGUCAUCUCGUGCAUUUUCUUCAGAUUUUCGCACGAUCGGAAGUGGUGGCACGAACAAAAAUGGACGCGAAUAAUUUGGCAAUGGUGAUGGCGCCAAAUAUUUUGCGAUGCACGUCACAGGAUCCGCGGGUAAUUUUGGAGAAUGCACGAAAGGAGAUGGCCUUUGUUCGUUCAAUGAUCGAAACGUUAGAAACUGCUUGGGUAGAUGAUCUGCACUGACCACUGCGCCACCGCUAGAAUGUUCUAGACAACAAUGCCAAAUCAAUCAAGCUGAUAAUAAAAAUAUUAUCAUUAAAUAUUAUUAUAAUUUUUAAUAAUUACUAUUACUUAUUAUUAUUUUUUAAAUAAUUGACACAUUCGUUUAUAAUUAACUUGUCACUUACAUAUAUAUAUCUCUUUAAAAAGCCUAUCUUUCUCUCUAAAGACAAAUUUUUUUUUUUUUUUGCAAAUUUAAUGUGUAUAGACACAAUAUUGUGCUAUUAACAUCGUUUCCUUUGACACUUCCUAUUUAUUAUUUAUAAAAUAUAUAUUAUAUAUAAAGAGAUUCUACGUUAUGAAUCUAGAGAUUAUUAGAUUAUAAUAGCUAUAUCGCAAUAACAAUGUAUUGUAUAUUUUAACUUCCCUUGUUACCGCGUGUUAAUCGCGGACGGCUUUUUUACUCGAUCGUUGUUGAAUCUCAUGUGUAAGAUAAAACGAUAUGUUACCGUGUAUAGGCUGCACCAAGAAAGGUCUUUUUUGUAUGGAUGGAUGAAACAACGUGUACGACGUUUUAUUGUGAAGUAAACACUGUGAAAAGGUUUAGCAAGCUAA